GUUGUCCAGCAAGUAAUCUUCAAUUGCUGUGGUCAGCCAAGCAACUAGCUGCUUCCCACAGGCUUGGAAGAACAUGUGUUUUCCCAUUCCUGUCUGCAAUACAUACCAAAGGCUUCUUGGAGAAUAGCAAGCAGAAUUUCAGUACCAAAUAUUUCAAUUCAAGGAAAACUCCACAUAUCUUACAAAUUAUUUCCAGUGACUACUUGCCGGAAUCAGGCCUGUGUUCAUGUUUAUUCAGUCAUGUACAUUCAACAAGUGGAGAGGGAGACUAUACUUACCCAGAGUGGUAGAUUUGAUUGUAUUCUCUAAAUAGCUAAUUUUAGCAAAACAAAACCAUACAGCCAUAGAUUAAAAGUACAGAAAACAGAUCACAAAAUCUCAACAGCUGCAAUACCAGUACAUUCCCCUCAAAGAAGCACUAGAAAUCAUGCCUUGCUGGAGGCUGCAGGACCAAGCCAUGUGGCAAUUAAUGCCAUCUCCGCCAACAUGGACUCUUUUUCUAGCAGUCGGACAGCUGCUCUUAAGAAGCAGCCAAGUCACAUGGAGGCUGCACAUUUUGGAGACCUAGGCCGAUCGUGUCUGAAUUAUCAGGCUCAAGAGACCAAAUCAAGCCUUUCAAAGACCCUUGAGCAAGUCCUGCGGGACAGUGUUGCCCUCCCUUAUUUUAUCCAGUUUAUGGCACUGCGUAGAAUGGAACAUUUGGUUAAAUUCUGGUUAGAGGCUGAAAGCUUUCACUCCACAACAUGGUCCCGCAUAAGAGCACACAGCCUGAACACAGUUAAACAGAGUUCAUUGGCAGAGCCAGUGUUUCCCUCAGUAAAACAGCAUGAAACCACAGUAUCUUCUCCAACUGGAUUGCUUGACGAGAGGUUGGAGGAUUCCAGCACAGUCCAUCUGCUCAUGACCAAGACAGUACCAACAAACCUGAAUGAUAGAAUUGGCAACGUUCAGAACCACUUGCUGUCAAGCCACGAUAGCAAUAAUGUCAGGGUACUUCAUCUUGGGAAGUCUGAGGCAAGGACCCAUUCUGUUCCAGCUGAACAGCAAGACUCUUCCAAGCUUACAGUAUCAAACAGAAACAGCCCCUCUUCUGCACUAAAGGACUUGUCAGGAAAACUAAUGAAAAGUAUAGAGCGGGAUGCAGUUAUUACUUUUACCAAAUAUAUUUCUCCAGAUGCUGCUAAACCAAUACCUAUUACAGAGGCAAUGAGGAAUGAUAUAGUGGCAAAGAUUUGUGGGGAGGAUGGACAGGUGGAUCCUAACUGUUUCGUUACUGCACAGUCAAUAGUGUUUAAUGCAAUGGAACAAGAGCACUUUAGUGAAUUUUUGCGAAGUCACCAUUUCUGUAAAUAUCAGAUUGAGGUGCUGACCAGUGGGACUGUUUACCUGGCUGAUAUACUCUUCUGUGAAUCAGCACUGUUCUAUUUUUCUGAAUACAUGGAAAAGGAAGAUGCAGUUAAUAUAUUACAGUUCUGGUUGGCAGCAGAUAACUUCCAGUCUCAGCUAGCUGCCAAAAAGGGCCAGUAUGAUGGGCAGGAGGCACAGAAUGAUGCCAUGAUUUUAUAUGAUAGGUACUUCUCCCUUCAAGCCACACAUCCUCUUGGAUUUGAUGACUUUGUGCGAUUAGAAAUUGAAUCCAAUAUCUGCAGAGAAGGAGGUCCACUCCCUAACUGUUUUACUACUCCAUUACGGCAGGCCUGGACCACCAUGGAGAAGGUUUUUUUACCUGGCUUUUUGUCCAGCAACCUUUAUUACAAAUACUUGAAUGAUCUCAUCCAUUCAGUACGAGGAGAUGAAUUUGCAGGGGGAAAUAUUGCACUGACUGUACAAGGCCCCAGUAGCUGUCCUGACACUGAGCCUCACACAACUGGCUCUGAAGGCUCUGCGUCCCAGUCCAGUGUCAAAAAGGCUAAUGUUAAAAUCCUGAAAAAUUUUGAUGAAGCAAUAAUUGUAGAUGCUGCAAGUCUGGAUCCAGAAUCUCUAUAUCAACGAACUUAUGCAGGGAAGAUGACAUUUGGAAGAGUCAGUGACCUGGGACAGUUUAUCAGAGAGUCUGAACCAGAACCUGAUGUAAAGAAAUCAAAAGGGUCCAUGUUUUCACAAGCUAUGAAGAAAUGGGUGCAAGGAAACACGGACGAGGCCCAAGAAGAGAUGGCUUGGAGGAUAGCAAAGAUGAUAGUCAAUGAUGUUAUGCAGCAGGCACAAAAUGACCAGCUUUUGGAAAAAGUUACAAAGCAGGUGGAAGCAGAGCUUCCCGGCCGAGCUGCCGCCCAGGCGCACAGAGAUGAGCUCACCAUUUCCUCUCCACGUGGGCUCGGCUGCAGUAAACACAUGGCUGGGGCUGCCCAGGGCGCCACGAUGCAAGGGGACAUGGAGAGGCUGCUGAUCCUGUUCAAAGAUGAGGCUGGCGAGAUCCUGGGGUCCCCCUUUGACGUGCCCGUCGAUAUCACGCCCGAGAAACUGCAGCUGGUCUGCAACACGCUGCUUCAGAAGGAGGAACCGCUGCCCUUGGCCUUCUACGUCCAUGAUGCUGAAAUCGUCACGUCGCUGGAGAAGACCCUGGCGGGGCAGGUGGUGGAGACGGAGAGAGUCCUUGACAUCAUCUACCAGCCCCAGGCCGUGUUCAAAGUGCGGGCGGUGACGCGAUGCACCAGCUCUUUGGAGGGGCACACCGAGGCUGUCAUCUCCGUAGCCUUCAGCCCCACCGGAAAGUACCUGGCAAGCGGCUCCGGUGAUACCACUGUGCGCUUCUGGGACCUCAGCACGGAGACUCCACACUUCACUGCCAAAGGUCACAGGCACUGGGUCCUCAGCAUCGCCUGGUCUCCCGAUGGCAGGAAGCUCGCCUCAGGGUGCAAAACCGGUCAGAUAUUUCUCUGGGACCCAGACACAGGGAAUCAGAUUGGCAGGGUGCUCGCCGGACACUCCAAAUGGAUCACGUGGCUGUGUUGGGAACCACUCCACAUAAAUCCUGAGUGCCGCUACUUGGCCAGCGCCUCCAAGGACUGCAGCAUCCGCAUCUGGGACACCGUUGCAGGCCGAUGCGAUAAGAUUCUCACCGGGCACACGCAGUCGGUCACGUGCGUGAAGUGGGGUGGAGACGGCCUGCUCUUCUCCUCCUCCCAGGACAGAACCAUCAAGGUCUGGAGAGGCCAGGAUGGAAUUCUCUGCCGCACUCUGCAGGGCCAUGGGCACUGGGUGAACACCAUGGCUCUAAGCACAGACUACGUUCUCCGCACAGGGGCCUUUGAACCUGCAGAAGCCUCUGUCAACCCACAAGACAUGAGCGGCACCCGGGCAGAACUUAAAGAGAAGGCACAGUACAGGUACGACCAAGUCAGGGGGCAGGGACCGGAAAGGCUAGUGUCUGGAUCGGAUGACUUUACGCUCUUUCUAUGGGCCCCAGCAGAGGACAAGAAGGCGCUGGAGAGAAUGACAGGCCACCAGGCAUUGAUCAACCAAGUGCUCUUCUCCCCAGACACCCGGAUAAUAGCCAGUGCUUCCUUUGACAAGUCCAUCAAGCUCUGGGACGGCAGGACGGGAAAAUACCUCACCUCCCUGAGAGGGCACGUCUCCGCGGUUUACCAGAUUGCCUGGUCGGCAGACAGCCGUCUGCUGGUGAGCGGGAGCAGUGACAGCACGCUGAAGGUGUGGGAUGCCAAGACGAUGAAGCUGGCCAUUGAUCUCCCCGGCCACGCAGAUGAGGUGUUUGCGGUGGAUUGGAGCCCAGAUGGACAGCGAGUAGCCAGCGGAGGGAAAGAUAAGUGUUUAAGGAUAUGGAGACGAUAGGAGCAGUGAAGAGAACCCUCCAGUUCUAACUGGCCCUGUCAGGAUGGCCAGGCCCGGCAGCUAACCCACUCAGCGUGGACUGUGGUGUUCUGCCUCUUACACACCACAUUAGCUGUCCCUAAUUAAUUUCUGUGAAGGGAGAUUGUAAUUCAGAUUUAAUGCGAACCAAAGAACUUGCCCUACUGCAUCCAGAUGAUUUUGUCUGCAACCAUUAGUACACCUGGACCUCCACUAGUUCUGAUUCAGCCUGGUUUCUGUUGAAACUACUGCAGCCUGUACUCUCUGGCGGGGAGAGUGAAGACAGGGUGUGGGUUUGGUCAUGCUUUUUGCCUUCCUUGCAAAUGGAGCCUGCAGGGGCUAAAGCUUUUAGUGGGGACAGAAAAGCAUGUCCUUUCCUGACCUCCGGAGAGAGAAUGGGGAAAACCAUCACACUGUUACCUUGCAAAAUUCUACUCAUCCGUUUUGCCUGGGGCAAAGAACUGUUUAACGGGUAAGUAAGAGAGCCUUGGCUGCCUUCAUUAUUCGGGUGAGGGGAGCAAGGUGGCUUUGCCCCUGGGCUGGUAAACUUUCCCCUUGUGUAUCGUUCACUCUGUUGGCAAUAGCCCAACCCGCCUUAGUCUAAGGAGCCCACUUCUGCUUGGCUGUUCGUUCUGAACCAGGGCAGGAGGGGGAGCAGGCGUGAAAUGAAAACUGGUGCAGACGCUGUGUCGAGUUUCCAGGUCUCAGUUCUCUGAAUUGCGGAGAAGUGGGCACACAUGCCUGAGUGAAUCUGUGAUCCCUCCCUGUUCCAUGCACAUUGCCUGGUUCGGGUGCACCGUGCACUGGGAAGGAUGGUGUAUGAGGCUGCUAUUGUAUCUCUUGUGUCCUGUUGGGAGUUGUCUGUGGGGUUGAGGUUGUCUCUAAAGGCUGUUCCUGUGCCUUUGAAGUCAAUGGCAAAACUCCCCUUGACUUCCAUGGCGCAGAACUGGUCCCUUACUGAGUUUAUUUAGUGCAUUUCUUGUGUCAGGUGGGUGCAGGGAGCUGUCACUUGUCCUAUUUCAAAAUCCUGUGUGUUAAUAUUUAAGUUGUUCUUCGCCAACAUGGAGCGGGGUUUAAGUUAAUGCAGCCCAACAUUUUGGGAGGCAGGUCUACCUGGAUUUAACUUUUACUUCCAAGGAAGUUUAAGAGUAGUGCAAGUCCAAAUAUGAUUGAUAAGGAACAGAUAGAAUAAUGUCAAGUUCUCUGUCACAAUUGCAAUAAAUUUAUGUUAAAGACCAAA